AUGAGACACUACCGCGGCUCUCUCAAGAGCCUCAAUAGAGUCACUACAAGACUCAGUACCCACCAGCGGAUCCCCCGACGAAGAUUAUCGCAUCGUCAACACCGCCAUCUCUGGACAUCUCCAUCCAAGAACGAUGCCAAGCAAGAAGCACAGCAAAAAUCUACGUUUCCAGUAGCAGUAAUUACCGGCGGGCUUUUUAUCUGGUGGCUCUACCCUUCUGACGACUUUGCACAGCUUUCCGGUAAACAACUAAGGCAGCGAAACCAUGAGGACUUUCCAAAGGACGAGAAGCAAGACAAGACUCAGGAUGGAGAAUCAGAUGCGGAUCAGUCGGCCUGGAUAAACUUUGCUCGCCGCUUCGAGACGUUCUGUAAGCUCAACGACGUUCAAUUCUCUUCCUUCUCCGACAAGGUCGUUAGUUAUCUCCUCCCUGAGUGGUCCAGACUUAUCCCAGGCUAUGUUCGGAAACUUCAGCAUGAACUCUCCAUGUCCCCAGGGUCUCUGGCCGACGAGAUUUGGCAAGACGCCCACGACCCCCUAAUCAAUCCCGAGAUUCGAUAUUCAGCCAAAGUUCGAGUUUCACCAAAUCUUUGCGAUGAGGAGAAGGAAUUUUUGUCCCGACGAAAACGAGUCGCCAGAAUAGGGCUGGCUAAAUAUCUCGGACUAAAGGAGGAGGAUGUCCAUCCAGAUGAUGUUCCGACAAUUGCCAUGUGCGGCUCUGGUGGAGGUCUGAGAGCACUCAUUGCUGGAACUGGAUCAAUUCUUGCCACAGAAGAGGAUGGGUUGUUUGACUGCGUCACAUACACCUCGGGCGUGAGCGGCUCAUGCUGGCUUCAAGCUUUGAGUCUCACAUCGUUCAACAAGGGAAACAUUCGUAACCUUCUCGAGCACCUCAAAGCUAGGGCCUCAACCCAUAUCGCCUACCCACCUGUGGCCUUCCAAUCUCUUGCUUCUAUGCCCACUAAUAAAUACCUCCUGAGUGGCAUGGUCGAGAAGCUCAAGGGUGACCCCAAAGCAGAUUUUGGCCUCGUUGACGUGUAUGGUGUCUUACUGGCAGCUCGGUAUCUUGUGCCGAAAGGAGACCUUGGGGUCAACGAUCGCGACUUUAAGCUCUCAAACCAACGCCAAUAUGUCCAGUACGGGCAAUUGCCAAUGCCCAUCUAUACUGCUGUGAGACACGAGAUUCCUGACUUGCCAGAGGCUGCUGAACAAGGCCCCAUCGAAGCCGAGAUCGCCAAAGAGAAAGCCAAGAAGGAGGCUUGGUUUCAGUGGUAUGAGAUCACUCCCUACGAAUUCUUUUGUGAAGAGUUUGGCGCCGGAAUCCCCACCUGGGCUCUAGGCCGCAGAUUCAACCAGGGAUGUGACGUUCCUCCUGAGGAUGGCUUCCAUCUUCCUGAACUUCGUUUGCCACUCCUCAUGGGAAUCUUUGGUAGCGCAUUCUGUGCAACUCUCAGCCAUUAUUACCGAGAGAUCAAGCCGCUUGUCCAGGGUCUGACUGGUUUUGGGACUAUUGAUGAACUCAUCUCGACACGAGACGAUGAUUUGGUCAAAGUGCAUCCUAUUGAUCCUGCCAAAAUACCCAACUUUGCCUACGGAAUGCACGGAAAAUUACCGGAAACCACGCCGACCAGUAUUUAUGACAACGAGUAUAUCCAACUUAUGGAUGCUGGAAUGUCCAACAACUUACCUAUCUACCCCCUCCUGCGACCGGGCAGAGAUGUGGACGUACUUGUUGCCUUUGAUGCCUCUGCAGACAUCAAAACCGACAACUGGCUCUCAGUCGCCGAUGGCUACGCCCGUCAACGCGGUGUCAAGGGUUGGCCCGUCGGCAUUGGCUGGCCCAAGCCUGGAGAAGCUACAUCCCAGCUGAGGCUAAACUCCGCGAAGCCAAAAAAGAAGCAGGAUGAGCUUCGCCAAGAAGCUCACGAAGAGGGCAAGCAAGUUAUGGCAGAGAAUGACAAGACCAAAUUCGAGCCUGGGGAUCAAGAGUCCGGCGAUCUGGGCUACUGCACUGUCUGGGUUGGGACCAACACAGAACGCAGUACUGAGCCACCCCCUCCCUCAAAAGCAAUCUCGGACGAGACAUCUUGGCAACUCAUGGAGCCUGAUGCUGGUAUUGCUGUUGUCUACUUGCCUUUUAUUUCAAACGAUAAGGUCCCUGGUAUUUCUCCCGGAACUACCGAUUACCUUAGUACAUGGAACUUCAUCUAUACCCCUGAACAGAUUGAUAAUGUCACUGCAUUGGCUCGAGCAAACUAUGACGAGGGAAAGCAGCAGAUCCGAGAUACCAUCCGCGCAGUGUAUCAGCGCAAGAAGAAGCUUCGCGAGGAAGCAGAAAUGGCCCAACGUCAGGAUUGUUAUCGAUCUCGUAUGAGGAGAGGCGAAGGCACCCGUCUGGGCGAAGGCGAUCAUUUCAGUUGA